AUGCCGUUUCCUUUUGUUUGGAUGCUACACAUGCUAUCUCUGGAAAAAUUGAUGAACUUUUAUAUACCCUUCUUGUUCGUGACAAAGAAAUUGGUAGAGGAUGACCUGUUGCUUUCAUGCAAAUUACUAUUGAUUGCUACUCUGCAGAAGUACAUGCAAUUCAGACCACUUUCCCUUCCACACAGAUUUAAUUCUGCAUCUUUCAUGUCACUCAAGCAUGGAACAGAAAGCUGUCUGACUCUGUUAAGAUUCCAGGUGCUUUGCCUUCUGAGGCUCAUCUUCUUUAAGCUUAAAACCGUGUUCAUGAAGAGGUCAAGAAAUAAGAGAUUAGACAAACUUGUCUUUAUCUUGGUACAUGAUGCUGAGUACUAUCUAACACAAGAGUACAAAAGAGUUAUGUCAAACAAUAGAGCAAUGAGCUCUUUUACUAGACAACAAAGAAUCAGAGAGAUAGAAGCAGAAGAAGUUGAUGAUGAUGCAAGAGAGACAAUGAUUGUUGCUUCAGUAUCAGCAGAAGACAGUAGCUGGCAAGUGCAGUCAUUUGUUGAUGAGAACACAGCAUAUGUAGUUGAGGUUACAGAUAGACUGAUUAUGAAAUGUACCUGUUUUGACUUUGAAAGAAGACAAAAACUAUGCAACUAUAUGUAUUUGUUAAAAAUGCACACUGCCUUUUCUUUGCACUUCUCAACCACUCCUUUAAACCUUACCUAUGAACACAAUGUCAUUCUAAUCCCUCAACCCAUCACUACAAACAAUCGCUCCUCCCUUUUCUUUGAUCAGUGCAUUCAAACAAAUCAAACACUGCAUCAAUCACAUCAAGACCUUGCCACAUUAGCACAGUAUACAACAGACAACAAAGCAAAGCAUAUAUAUGACAUACAGUAG